UUUAAAAAAAAAUUUUUAAUUUUAAAAUUUUUAGUCUGAAACAAAAUGGCUACCAAACAAAUUUUAAUUUUUACAAUUUUAAUGUUAAACAAAUUGGGAAAUGCGAAUAUGUGGUUUUGUGAGAACAAUGAAGAUUGCAAAGAAAUGAAUGAAAAUGCAAUUUGUUUUAAAUCUCGAUGUCAGUGUCCAUCAAUGCAAGUCUACUCGUUAGAUAAACGUUCUUGUUUGGAUUCUGUUAUUUAUGGAAAACCUUGUCAAGAAUCGAUUCAAUGUAAUUUAUUAAAUUCAAAAGCAAUAUGUUCUGAAGGUGUUUGUAAAUGUCAAGAACACGAAACGUAUGUGAAAGGUAAAUGUCGUAUUUUAGUACCUUUAGGUGAAACUUGCCAAAGCACAUUAGAUUGUUAUUUUGGUUUUGAUCGUCAAUCAGUUUAUUGUAAUGCUGAAAAAAAAUGUGAUUGUGCUGAAGGUUAUUAUAAGCGUCAUGCAACAAUUUGCCGCAAAAAAAUGUUUAAAGCAAAUGAUCCAUGCAUUGUUCAUACUGAUUGCUUUGGAUUAAGUACUGAAGCACAAUGCUUAAAAAAUGUAUGCGUUGAACCAAAAACUGUAUACAAAAACCAAGUGAAUAAUUUAAAUAAAAAACAAGUUAUAAAAUUAAUUUCUGAAACAAAAAUUGUAAAUUUAAACGAAACCCAACCUAAAUUAGGCGAUCUUUGUAAUGAAUUAAAUAUGCCAUGUCAAGGAUUAUCUAAUUCCAUAUGUAUUGGGCAUUGUUAUUGCAAAUCUGGUUAUUACCCAAAUAAUGAAAAAACGCUUUGUAUUGCUGAGGUAGGGGAAAAAGCUACACAUUCUGAAGAAUGUGGUAAUGCAAAAGGUGUAAAAUUUGAUAGCUCAGAAAAUUUAUGUGUUUGUGAAAAUAAUUUUUUUAUUGAUGAAGAUCAAAAGGCAUGCAGAAAAUCAAUUGUUUUUACAGCAUUUUGUACAUCUCAUGGACAAUGUAGUCCUUAUAAUGCUAUUUGUGAUCCUAAUAGCUCUUUAAGAAAAUGUUUAUGUGCUCAUUAUGAAGAAUAUGAUCAAAAUUUACAACUUUGCGUAAAUAAAAAAGGUUUAGGAGGACCAUGUUCUGAUGAUACAUAUUGCAAUAUAGAAAAUUCAAUAUGUUCUGAGGCAGGAUUUUGUGUUUGUGAAAAAAAUUUUUUUGAAGAUAAUGGUAAAUGUUUACCAGGAUUAAAUGCAACUUGCUUAAGUGAAAACGAUUGUGCUAUAAAUAACAGUACUUGUACAAAUAAUACUUGCAAUUGUUUAAAUAAUUUUACUGUGGUGGAUGGCGGAUGUUUUAAAAUAGCCGAUAAUGUUGGUGAAUAUUGUGAUAAAACUGAACAGUGUCAACAUAUUAAUGGAAUAUGCCAAAAUAAUAAUUGUGAAUGCAGUACAGAAAAACAUGCCGCAUUUGGAAAAUGUUAUCAAAGUAAAAUGCUUCAAGAAGAAUGUGCCAGUAUUGGAGAAUGUCUGUUGAAACCUGAAGAUGAAGAAGGCAAAGAAUGUCGUAAUUCGAAAUGUGAAUGCAAAACAGGUUUUAUACAAAAUCAGUAUGAGCAAACAUGUUCGUAUAAUUCAAGUACAAAGUGUAUCAGUCAAUUAAAUGUUAUUCUCAGUAUUUCAUUUCUUACAUAUUUUUUACUAAAAAAAAUAUUUUAAAUUUAAUUGCAUAGAAUUGUUCCAAUAAAAAAAGUGUUAAUUGUUGUUUAAAUUAUUUAGUAGAUUUAUGAAGAAAAUAAUAAACUUUUAAAAAAUGUAUAAGCAAAUAUGUGUUUGUAUAUAUGAUUAUUUAAACUAAUAACCUUGUGAAUUCAGUUAACAUUAUUUUAAAAUGUUCUACAUUAACGUUUAAUGUUCUACAAAACAGGUUUUGCCAAAAGUAGAAACAACCAGGAAUAUUAUCGUUAUAAAAGGUUUAUUAUGUAAAUUAUAAUUUGGUUCAUUGAAAAACAGCUUGGAAACGAACUUCUAAAAUAUGACGAAUUCUUCUCGAAGCGAUUAGUAAUAAGCGCAAGCUCAUUCUACUCUGAUU